UAAUAGUUGAUAUACAUUACAUUUCACCACCCGCUGUAGGCUUUCAUCCUCCACCAGGUAGUAUCCGAAUACAAGUCGACAGACCAGCCCCAGCCAGCCACAAACACCAACAACAACACAACAACUCCAGCCAAACCGCCAUGGCUGCCAGAGGCUUAAUAUCGUACUGGAUCCUCCCCGUCAUCUCCAGCCUCGUCUGGUGCGGCAUGCUCCUCGGCCUGCUCCUCUACUGGGUCGUCGACACAAACACCACGCACUACUCGUGGAUGGGCAGCAACGACCAGAUCGCCUUCAUCAGCGACAUUGGCGCCAGCAAGCUCAAGCCCCUCUUCAUCGCCGGCUCCGCCGUCACCACCGUCUUCCUCGACCUGGCCUUUGCCUCCGAGCGCUGGCUGCGGCACAACGGCCGCCUCGUGCCCAACACCACCGUCAAGGAAAAAGUCCUCGCCAUCAUCAGCAUCGUCUUCGCCGUCAUCGGCACCGCCGGCCUCAUCCUCCUCUCCAUCUUCGACACGCACCACCACCACAAGGCGCACGACAUCUUUCUCCUGCUCUUCAUUGCCGGGUACCUCUUGUCCGCCGUCUUCAUCUGCUGGGAGUACUACGAUCUGGGUAUUUACAACCGCCAGCACCGCAUCCUCCGCAUCUCCUUCUGGAUAAAGACCACCUUCGUCAUCGUCGAGUUCGUCCUCGCAAUCGUCUUCGUCGGCACCAACUGGAGCAACAACGACAACGUCGCCGCCGUCUUCGAAUGGAUCAUUGCCUUCAUCUUCACCUUUUACAUCCUCUCCUUCGUCGUCGACCUCCUGCCCGCCAUCCGCACCAAGCCCGUCACGGCGCGCUUCACAAAGGCUCACGAGAUGGAGUCGGCGAAUCGUAGCCAGGACGGCGGCAGCAACGACUACAACCGAGACGAUUACAACCGAUAUGCCUUUCAAUGAAUGAGCUGCAUAGCUGAGCUGGGCCCAAAUGGCCUUUUGGGCACUUGGGCCUUUUCCAGUGCUUUGGUUUGUUUUCCCGCAUAAACAUGUACGAGUAGUUUGGGGGGUUUUAGGAAAAUGGAGUCAAGAGGCAUGUAAAAGGGCGUUCAACAGGUUCAAAUUUCAUCACGGAUGGUUGUUUUCUCACGGAUUAGAUGUACAACGAUUAACAAGUAAUGUAUGUUUUAUGAUUACCUAUGCACUCUUACAAAAUCAUCUCUGAC